AUGAAGACACCAGCAGAAGUAGCGUAAGCCUUUGCAUUCUCUCAUUCCCUCAUUGAUUUACGCUGACAUGUCAGUCAUGGACCUAUGCUCAUUGGCUUCGUCUUCAAUGUCCUUCUCUACGGGAUCAUGAUCACCCAGGUCUACCUCUACUACGUCACCUACAAAAAAGACAAAACCUGGAUCAAGGUCUAUGUUGCCGUAAUAUUUUUCGCUGACACCCUUAACACAGUCUUCGACUUUGUGUACAUGUAUAGGUCUCUCAUUGUGCACUUUGGUGAUGAUGCAUUUCUUGGAACUGCCGACUGGGGUGAGCAUAUUAGCAUAUGAUCGAGCUAACGAAAGUGCCUUUUCUGAACCCAUUCCUAGUUUUUGCUACAGAUCCUGCUCUUACGGGUAUCAUCGCUGCUAUGGUUCAAGCGUUCUUUGCGUGGAGAGUCAGAGUCCUGACCAACAACCAUUGGUUCGUUGUCACCAUAAUUUUGGCUGCUCUAGCAGGAGGAAGCGGCGGAGUAGCAACAGCCGUAGAAGUAGGCUUCCAGCCUCGCUUCACAUUAUUCCGCAAUUUCAAGUCUGUCGUGAUUCUUUGGCUUGCUGCUGAUUGUUUCGCCGAUAUAUUAAUUACUGUCAUCAUGGUCUGGCAUCUGAGAAAACAUAAAACCGGUUUUAGAGCCUCCGAUGAACUGGUCGAUCGCCUUAUACGCCUUACAAUGCAGACCGGUCUUGUCACCUCCGUUUGCGCGCUAUUAGAUUUAAUCUUCUACUUGGUGGACCCUACUGGUACCCAUCUCAUCUUCAACUUCCCGCUUUCCAAACUGUACACCAACUCCAUGAUGAGUAGCCUGAACUCCCGUGGGGGGUGGAAGUUUGGCGGAGAUGCAACAUUUGGUAGUCAAGGCGAUUCUCUUCCUCAUGUUAUGUCUUCUACCGAACGUCACAAAGCUGACAUUAAUGGCGUAGUCGUCCAUGUUGAGUCCCAUGAAAUGCGGGACUACACCGAAGAAGAGGCGAAGCGUAGACGUUCUGCAGUUUCCUAUUCGCAAGAGGAAGUUCUUCCGCCUUUGUCUGCUGCAAAAUUCGAGCACUCUUCAUAGAUAUCUAUUUAUGACACUGGUACCUGUUUCUGUACUGAUCAAGGCCUGAACGUAAGUCGUAUACUUAGGAUCUGUUCCAUACUUGCUUUGCACUGCCUCGAUGCCCUUCUUUCACGGCAUCGGGGGGGAAGUGUUUCGCUGCGUAC